CCCAAUCUAAUUGAACCCGAAAAAAAAAACAAAACAACGAACAUGAUUUGGCCAUAUAAUAACUGCUUGUGACCAAAAAAGACACAACGGUUUCAAUACUCUCCACCUUCUUCAUCCAAUCAAUCAAUACUACAAGAUCUCCAGGAAAGAGACUUGUUCUUGUCUCCGUCUGUCUCAGAAUUUCUCCGGCGAAGAUGAACGACGCUGAUGUUUCCAACCAGAUCCAACAGAUGGUGAGGUUUAUCCGCCAGGAAGCCGAAGAAAAGGCCAACGAGAUCUCCGUCGCCGCCGAAGAAGAGUUCAACAUUGAGAAGUUGCAGCUCGUUGAGGCAGAGAAGAAGAAGAUUAGACAGGAGUAUGAGAAGAAGGAGAAACAGGUCGAUGUCAGAAGGAAAAUUGAUUACUCAAUGCAACUGAACGCAUCGAGGAUCAAAGUUUUGCAAGCCCAAGAUGACAUUGUCAAUGCAAUGAAAGAAGAGGCAGCAAAGCAACUCCUGAAAGUUAGCCAACAUGGCUUCUUCAACCAUCAUCACCAUCAGUAUAAGCAUCUCUUGAAACAUCUCAUCGUUCAGUGUUUGCUUAGACUGAAGGAGCCUUCAGUGUUGCUGCGUUGCCGUGAAGAAGACCUUCACAUGGUGGAGUCUAUGCUAGAUGAUGCGAGUGAAGAAUAUUGCGAGAAAGCAAAGGUUCAUGCUCCUGAGAUAAUAGUAGACAAGGACAUUUUCCUUCCUCCUGCUCCUUCUGAUGAUGAUCCUCAUGCUUCUUUCUGUGCUGGAGGAGUGGUAAUGGCUUCUCGUGAUGGGAAAAUCGUGUGUGAGAACACGCUUGAUGCGAGGUUGGAGGUUGCCUUCCGCAAGAAUCUUCCCGAGAUCCGAAAGUCGCUCUUUGGCAAGGUUGGUGCAGCUUGAUGAGUGAUUCCAACUUUAGACCAUGAAAGGUAUUGGCUCCAUUAUUUAUCCAUUUGUUUCUUUUGUCACCAUUUUUUAAAAAUUGUGUAAUGUAUUGAUAGGCCAUCUGCUUUUGUCAAGGCCUUUUGUUGUUCUUUUUUUUUUUUUUGUACAUUGGUUUGCUUUGGUGAGGUAUAAUAAAUACUUU